AUGAGCGAAAACGCUGAAAAGGGUUCGCCCGCGGCGGCAACACCCAGCUCAGACAACACACCCAAAAAGAAGAGAGAGUACAAGGACUUUGGGCACGAACAGGAGAAGGCUACACAUGCCUUGGUGGACAUGGCUACGAUCCAGCUCAAGGCUGAAGACCUUUACGACAAGGACAAGGUUGAUCUAGAGACCAUUGUCAUCGACGAUGUCUUCCAGCUCCUGCAGUGUAGCGAGGAUGGUCUCAGCCAUGAGGAGGCUCUGCGCCGUCUAGAAUUAUUCGGUCCUAAUAAGCUAGAGUCGGAGGAGCAAAAUCCUAUUCUUCAGUUUUUGGGUUUUAUGUGGAAUCCUCUGUCCUGGGUUAUGGAAGCCGCCGCUCUCGUUGCCAUUAUUCUAUCCAACGGUCAAGGGACUCCUCCGGAUUGGGAAGAUUUCGUCGGUAUCAUUACUUUGUUAUUCAUCAACUCCGCUAUUGGUUUCUACGAAGAGCACAACGCCGGUAAUGCCGUCAAGGCUCUCAUGGACUCGCUCGCUCCCAAAGCCAAGGUCAAGCGCGCAGGCCAGUGGUCAGAAAUCGAGUCGUCCAUCCUCGUUCCCGGUGACAUGAUCUCCUUCAAGAUUGGAGAUAUCGUUCCUGCCGACUGCCGACUCACAGAGGCAAUCAACGUGUCCAUUGAUCAGGCUGCUUUGACCGGCGAGUCCCUCCCUCAGUCCAAGAAAACAGGCGACCAGUGUUUCUCUGGGUCCACGUGUAAACAGGGUGAAGCUGAGGGCGUCGUUAUUUCAACCGGCGCCAACACUUUCUUCGGUCGUGCUGCGUCGCUCGUUGGUCAAGACGAUGACAGUACCGGUCAUUUGCAGAAGAUUCUUGCCCAAAUUGGGUCAUUCUGCCUCAUCACCAUCGGUAUCUUCGUUCUCGCAGAGAUUUUCUGUCUCUAUGCUGGUUUCCGUUUCCAAUAUCGUCGUGGAUUGAACAACAUCCUCGUCCUCCUCAUCGGUGGUAUCCCCAUUGCCAUGCCUACUGUCCUCUCCGUCACUCUCGCCGUCGGUGCCCAGCAACUCGCCAAGUACAAGGCUAUCGUUACCCGUAUUACUGCCAUCGAGGAGUUGGCUGGUGUCACUAUUCUUUGUUCAGAUAAAACCGGUACCCUCACCACCAACAAGCUCACCAUCGAUCGUAGCACCAUUAAAACCUACGCCCACUUCAACCCUGAUGAAGUAAUCCUCAUGGCAGCGUACGCCUCGCGUACUGAGAACCAGGAUGCCAUCGACAGGUCUGUCGUCGAGGCUCUUGGUGAUACUGCUCGCGCUCGUGCCGGCAUCAAGCUGCUUGACUUCAAGCCUUUCAAUCCCGUCGAUAAGCGUACCGAGAUCACCUAUCGUGAUGAGUCGUCCGGGAAACUCAAGCGUGUUACCAAGGGCAUGACUGGUAUCAUCAUUGAGCUCUGCUCGCGCAACAAGACAGAAGAUUUGGAGAACACCUUGGAGCAUGAUGUCGAGGAAUACGCCAGUCGUGGUCUUCGUGCGCUUGCCGUCGCCUAUGAGGAGUUGGACAGCGAUAAUUUCGAGGCUGAAGGCAAUGGGUUUGAGCUCAUCGGUCUCCUCGCUAUCUUCGAUCCCCCCCGUGAUGAUACCAAGCAGACCAUCGAUGAUGCCCAAGCCCUCGGUGUCCGCGUCAAGAUGGUCACCGGUGAUCAACUCGCCAUUGCCAAAGAAACUGGUCGUCGUCUCGGUCUCGGUGAUCACAUGUACCCCGCGAAGGUUCUGAAGGAAGGUCCCCCCCCAGACUCCAAGUUCAGGAAUCUUGACGAGAUGAUCAUGGAUGCCGACGGAUUUGCUGGUGUGUUCCCUGAGCACAAGUACGAAAUUGUCAAGCGUCUCCAGGGUAUGGGUCACUUGUGUGCAAUGACUGGAGAUGGCGCCAAUGAUGCUCCUGCUUUGUCCCGUGCCAACGUUGGUAUUGCUGUCGAGGGUGCGACUGACGCCGCUCGUGGUGCCGCUGAUAUUGUCCUGACUGAACCUGGUCUUUCUACUAUCGUUCACGCCAUCCGUCAAGCUCGUAUCAUUUUCCAGCGAAUGAGGAACUACUCCAUCUACGCCUGCGCCGUCACCAUCCGUAUCGUCGUCUGCUUUGCUAUCCUCGCAUUCACGUACAAGUUUGACUUCCCUCCCUUCAUGGUGCUAGUCAUCGCCCUUCUCAAUGACGGCACCAUCAUGACCCUCUCUCUCGAUCGUGUCCUUCCUUCCAUGACUCCCGAUAGUUGGGAUCUUGCAGAGAUUUUCGCAUACGCCAUCGCUUAUGGUAUCUAUCUGACGGGAUCUACUGUUGCAUUGGUCGUCAUAAUUGUCGAGACCGACUUCUUCCAGAGAAAGUUCGGCGUUGCCCUCAGCUCUCCUCCUCCCAUCAACAAAAACGAUCCUCAGCUUCACAUGAUCACAUACCUACAAGUUGCGAUCAUUUCCCAAGCUUUGAUUUUCACUACUCGUGCCCACAGCUUCUUCUUCAUGGAACGCCCGUCCUUUGCCCUCUUCGCCGCUUUCUGCCUCGCCCAACUUAUCUCCUCUAUCAUUGCGGCUUACGCUGACUGGGGUUUCACCGACAUUCAUUCUAUUUCUGGUGGAUGGAUCGGUAUCGUUUGGGUCUGGAACAUCGUCUGGUUCAUCCCUCUGGAUUGGAUCAAAUUCGGUAUGCGGGCCACCGUUAUCAAAUGGCUUCGUACCCGUCACGAACGUGCUCUCGCCAGGGACACCGUCGCUGGUGUUCCCCUCGGUCGCAGCAAGUCGCGCGUGGGUUCCAUUCACGAGUCUCUCUACGAGAAUCGCGUUUCUUUCAUCAAGCGUGCUGCUCGCAAGGUCGGCCUCGGCAAGGUCCACGUGUCGCCUCAGGAGUUAACCCGCUUCACAUCCGUCCAAGCUGCGCAGGCUGGACAGACAUUGGCUCGCAACCCCAGCCGAGCAGCCCAUUAAAACCUCAAUAGGAAAAUAAAAGAGCCCUCUACCUCUCUGUCAACAUCCUCUAAUGUCCUCAACGAACGCACCACGUUCUUAUCACGCAAUACUUUAUCCUUAUAGACCGGACACCUGUCCCCGCUAUCAUGGCGUCUUCGUUCCCUUCCCUCUCCGCUAUCCUCGAGUCCGCUCCCCCUUUCCAGCCCGACCCGCUGCUCUGCCUCUGAUACCCGUUGGGACAGAAGAGUCAUGUGUUCAUUGUGUAGAGUGUUAUGUGUUCGCGAGCUGAAUUCUUUGCGGGUGGAGCUGAUGUCCAUUCGUUGAUCUCCAAAUUUUUUGUCAGAACACAUCAUUUGUAUAGCUAUCUCUUCUGCCUAUUAUUGCAAUAACUAUCGUACAGCAAACACUAAUUAAUACAUCGCAUUGAACAAUAACAAU